AUGACAAUACAUUUGGGCCAGCAAUCCCUCGUCAUGUCCUGGGGGCAAUGGCGUGCUCAGGAGGCCCAGGUCAACGAUGUCGGUGUCGUCAAGGUGCCUCUUCUACCGGCACCGAGCUUUAAGCUUGACACUGAGACUAUAUACAAUGCCCUUUCCGAGCAGUCCAAUAUAAAGAUGGUCUGUAUCUGUUCACCUGGCAACCCUACUGGGUCUACUGUUCGGAAGGAGGAUGUGAACAAGAUUCUGGCUCACCCUACAUGGAACGGAGUCGUCAUUCUUGACGAGACGUACAUUGACUACUCGUCCAAGACUACCUCUUUGGCUGAAUGGGUCACCGAGUGGCAAAACUUGGUAAUCGUCCAAACCCUGUCCAAGUCUUUUGGUAUGGCGGGCAUUCGUCAGGUAUGGCGGGCCAGCAUUCGCGGCGACGCCAGUCGCCCGCCUGCUCCGCAACCUCAGCAUAACCUACAACAUCCCGAGCCCAACCCACUGGUAAUCAUGGCCGACAAUGUUGCCAAGACGGCGGCACAGCGCAACCGCUUGAUUCGCGACAUGACCCAAAUCAAGGGCGUCGGUCGCUUGCGCGGCGGUACGGAGGCCAACUUCUUGCUAUUUGAAAUACUUGAUCAAUAUGGCCAGCCGAGUAAUGCUGCUGCGUGCGCCGUAUACAAAUGCCUGUUGAAUAAGAGAGGUAUCGUUACGAGAUUUCGCGGCGAGGAUCAUGGAUGCCAUGGGUGUCUGCGCAUUACCAUUGGCACGGAAGACGAGAUGGCAAGCUUUCUUCAAGCGUUGAACCUGACGCUGAAAGAAGUGCAUAAAACAGGUUCUAGCAGCGGAGCACGAGGCGGAGGUGUCGUCAAUGGAAAUGGCUUAAACUGGCCCCAAGAGCAGAAGCCCGGCCAACACCAAACCUCUUAA